AUGACGGCGAUACCACCAUCGUCGUUAAGCGGAAACUAUGUAAAUAUUAAUGCCGCCAUGUUGCCUAUGAUGGAGGCAUGCAACUCAGGGGCUGCUAAACUGGUGUCGCCCCAGAAGACUUCAUGUCAUACCCAUGGGCGGGGUGAGUUUCUGCCCAAUCGCAACGAACUUCACGUGGACUGCCUCACACUACCGCAACUGUAUCGUAUUGCGUACCUUCCUUAUAUGCAAAAGCAGCAACAAAAGUUGGCAUGCGGCUCUUCACUCCCACCAACCCCACCGGACUUUGAUGAUGAGGAUCCAGUUAGUCCGGAGGAAGCUCGGCGAUACUUGGAGGACCUUGCCAAUAUGUAUCGCAGUCCACUUGAGGAUCCUACCCCAUACCAGCUCUAUGAGAGCUUAGUCACGAGCUUCUUUGAGAGCCAUGAACCAGUAAUGAAACCCAGCAAGGAUGGUAGUAACAAGGACAAUUCACUCAACUAUCAACUUUCUCUGUCGAGCUUGUACGAUGAAGCUGCGUCUUCGGUUGCGCCGCUUCCACUCUUUCAUGCCAUUACUUCUGGAACAAUGGUGAUGGUCCACACCAUAUCCGCAUGGUUACUAGACAUCAGGAAUCUGACAACUCCUGAUUGUGCGAUGGCAACUGUCAAGAAGAACCGACUUGCAGUACGCCUCGUGAAUCAUUCUGUUGUGUCGGCAGCUCUUGACACCUUAAAAGAGAUUGUCAAGAAGGACGACUAUUCCCAAGGGAAGGAGGAGGCUCUCUACGGCUUUUUUGGGUUUGUCGUCCUCCUCCGAGGCGAAAUGAAGGAGAUACUGGAGUACGUCGAGGUUCUUGAGGAGUGUUGCGCUGGUCCUGCAUCGAGCGUAGUGCCUGUGACGGUGCCGCAUUACGAGGAGCUACUACGUGUUUUUUCUCCCUCAUUAUCUGUGAAGAGUGCAUUGAUGUCCCCUGUUGACGGACGCCAUGGCCAAGAGAUUGAAUUAUCUAUUGCGGUGCCAGAGAGGAGUGGCAUUCGCACAUUCUGUGUCUCGCCAUGCGGUCAAUUUAUAGCUGUUGCCACGUUGUUUGAUAUAAUGUUACUGAAAGUCGACGGUGGAAGGUUAGUUGCACGGUCACAAAAUGCCGAAUUGGUGGAGACACUUUGGUUUAUGCAGUUCUCAUCUACCUUUUCAUCUCUCAUACUCACAACGCGGGCUGGCCGUCGCCACGUGGUACUAAAUGCCUCGCUGGAGUACGUGGACGAGAGCGAAACGGAUCGCCCGGCAAUCCCGACAUAUGUAGCUGAUGACAAACUGGAGUUUCUAUUUGCCCCCAAACUACCUAGUGGUAGGAGCAGCUCACUUUUUCUCUUGGAAAAAAGUAAAAUCGUGUUGGAUGUGCUGGAAAACGGUGCUUCUUCUGAAGUAGACUUCCUUGUCAUAUGCAGUCACGUGCACAGCGACUUCUCCGGGGUUCUCGUUGAAAUAAGAGCACACGAGAUGAUUUUCACCGUAAGUUUGGCGGAUGGGGUUAUAAGGAUGGCCCAGGGAACAUGCACUUGCUUCGGUGCGAUUCCCAGCGACGUUCCUUGGCACUUUGUGAGCUGCAAGUGGGAGAGGGGGUUAUGGGCCUUGUGCGUGGAUGACACUUCGGUGGAGCUGCAUGGUGUACGUGCAGCAAGCCUCGCGGUAGUCAAAAUCGCCACCGUCACUGUGCUUGACGGUGUAGGACACGUAUCUUCGCUCGCGGUGUGGGGUGGUGACGAGUGCUGCCAGCACUCAAUCAACAGGUUUUCAACCACGCGAGCAGUGGAAUCGACCGCUGGAAUGCUGUUUUGCUUUCCCCUUGAUGAAGGUGAGGGGAUAUGGGUGAAGGAGCUAGUCACCGCACGAGGGUUCACGUUGCUGGAAGAGAACUUUAUAUGGGACAGUGUCGUUUGCUGUCCUUGUUCACCCACAGAACCGUAUGAGCACGAUAUUUUUCUGCCCCAAGAACAAUUUCUGAGUGCUAGAGUUAUUGUGAGCGACUACCAGUCCCUCCUCGUCUUCCCCUCAUCAUGCAGAGGCGGCGACGAGGUCGUAGCUCAGGUCCUGAAAGGUUGCAACACCAUUACCCGUGUGUACCGUUGCUCUGCGAGCCACGCGGAGACGCGCUACUUCCUUUCGCGCGAUGAGUCUUCGCUCUAUACCUUCAAGCGGCGGCUCUCCACAUUUUCGAUGACACCAAUCUCCACUGCCGCAAGGCGAGAGCACCAGUUAAACGUAAGUUGCAUUGCUCUAACUGGUGCGCAUAGGGGUUCCGUAGCAUGGGUUUGCAACGAAAUUCUUAAAAGGGUUUACAUCAACGGGGUGGGUAUUAUUCGAAUCCCUGAGGAAAUAAAUGCUGCUCGAUCAGGCGACCUUCAAUACAUUGUCACCAGACUACGCAACGCCACGCCAACGACAAAGAGCGUAAAGCUACUCGCUCUUGCGACGAUGGGAACCGUAUAUUUGGAGCGGUUUGCCGUUGAAGGAGCAAAAUCACCCCUUUCAUCUGUUGUUAUUUCUCUGCAAUGCUGUUGCAAAAAAGUGAUGGGAUGGCUUCCUAAGAACUUGAUUCAGGAUGUGGCUUCAUCUCUCUUCAACGCAGACGGAGGCCCGUUGCUGACGGUUUCGGACCGAGUCGGCGUUUUGCUUAACGCUGAUGACAUUCAAUCGGCUGAUGUACUUUACACCUGUAUGCAAAAGGAUUCCCUUUUAUUUGUUCUUUCUUCUGUGGUUAAUGAUGCUCCCUCACAAAUAAUAUCGAUGACUGCUUCCCUUCUCCGGCGAUGUGAAUUGGAAAGACAUGAUGUACCGUGUGGUCGCAAAGUCACUCAUCUCAUGUGGUGGUUUUCAAUAAUUUCAGUGCAGCUACUGCACAGCCACGGGCAAGGUAAAAUCGUUUCGCAGCUCUUGGAGCUCUACGUGAGGCACGCGGGGAAGCUCCUCCAAAGCCGUGGGUGGCGUGACAGCCUACAAGAAACCGAGGUUCACACGGGUCUCUUUCCUCUGCUGAUCAGUGUGUCUGUGCUGUGCCCUGCAGCGGUUACUCCAGAUAUCGAGAAGACUCUGCUGGCUUUGGUGGAGUCGGCCCCAGUUGUGGGUGGGGCAGAUGUGAAUACUGUCAGAUUUGAGGCGCGGCAGGAAUAUGAUGUGGUACCCAGAUCGGAUGACGCACCGUUUGUGCUCGCACUGGACUACAAGAGGGCAAAGUCCGUGGUAAUCUCCUGGUGGGCGUCCACAUCUGAUGUGCAUGUCGUUGCAACUGAUACCAGUGUCGCGGACCCAAUAUCGUUUGUGUUAAGCAAUGAAUACCCCUUCUUUGAAAUUUCCGGACUGCCUUUGGUGUUUUUCGGAACGGGUGAAGCCUCAUUUACUAUCGCUAGCAACUACGAUUUACCCGUGGGCUGCAGUUGGGGAGCCAUAUUCCGUGAGUGUGUCUUCAAUCUCUUCACAGCGGUCGCAAAGCACUUGGUGGUUUUUCCUAGGCCACGUGCAUUUCCUCUCGCGCCGCUGUUCCAUCACGGGCUCAACAGCGAAGCUCUAUCAAAGCAUCAGUUGUAUGUUCCUGGCCGAAAAGGGGGUUUGGGUAUCGCGUCGGAUAUCCUUGGCGCUAGGGGUGCUGGAAAAACACUAUCAGAUAAGGUCUGGCAAAGUGUGCAAGGUAAGGUCAACCUGUCGAUGCGGCCUGUUGUUUCGGCACUUCUGGCGCUUCUUAUACAUUGCGGCAUGGAACCACAUGAAGCAGAGGCAGAGUUAGAGUCGCGCGGGUUCUCCUUGGAAUGGGGGAAUCUGCUUCAGGGAGUUGAGAAGGACGCAACACGUCGGUCGAUUGUGGAUUUUGCCGACUGGGCAGUUCGCUGUAUUGCGUGCCAAAGCGACGUGUUGCCACUUCAAGCAAGGUUUGUGCCGUAUCCGCCACAGGAACGAGAAGGCGAGGCUGCGGUACCGCCGUGCGACGAGGUUGCUCAUAGUGACAGCAUGACACCAGAUCAAAAAGAACCAGAGGAGAUGAAGGGCGCCCGGAAGCUUCUGAGCCAGUUACGCGAUUUCGUUGAGCAGGGCGGUACGCAUGACGAACUUGAAGACAUUUUGGUGGAGCAAACGGUUGCCGCAUUAAACGUUGCUCGGGGGUUUCAUAUACUUUCUACGCUACUAUCACAGCCGGCGGUAGAAUAUGAGCCGCGCACAGUCCGAAAGAUCCUUGACGUUGUCUUUUCCGUAUAUGAAGGAGCCAAAGGGAAGCAUAUUCUAGAAAAUUUCACUGGCUCUGGAGUGGAUUUGGAGUCUCGUGUGCGUGUGGCAUUCUAUGACGUGUUGAGGAAGUGCCGAUGCAUUCUCAUCAACAGUCUCCCUGUGUACAUGUCUUCAGAAGUCGCAACAACGACGCUGGCCCUUCAAGGGUCCUUGACCAUUCAGCUACUGAGCAUCAUGUGUCACCCGUGGGACCCCACGGACUGCGAAUUGUUUAGUAGAGCAUCAGCGCCUGAGGUGCUUAACAUUCUCAUUCGCCUCGCGGAGUCGAUACACAUGCCAGUUUGUAGGCUACCAGCGACAUGGCGAGCGCAGACGCGAUGGAAGCGUAACUCUACUGCCAGUUUGAGGAGCUGCCACCCGGUAUUAGGCGGGGUGUUAGCCCCGGCUGAUCAAGUGUACGACAGGCGUCUUGCUUCAAACGGAUUCUCUGUUGUCAUACCUAACCUUAGUGUUUCUUUGUGUGAUAGGGGCGUGCUGGUCGAGAAAGCUGCCGGCUCGCCCCCACUCGUACUGCGAGCGGAUGAGGCGUGGAGCAUCCCACCUCUCACUCCCCAUUUAACCGAUGUCCCACCGGUGCUGUACUACGAGGUGGAACUUUCAACUUCGUGCUGCAGUUUCAUGGUCUGCAUCAGCAACUGUCACAGUUGUGUGGACCGACCUGAUGAAUCCGUGUAUUUCUACAAGGAUUCUGGCUUGACACACAUUAUUAAGCUUCCACCCUUCGGUUAUGGCGACACGGUCGGCUGCGGUAUUGUCCGAUUCACCCGUCGUGUUUUCUUUACUCUCAACGGUACCUUUAUGUCUUUUGCCGGUGGUAUCAAGGGUGGAGAGGAUUCCCUCUAUCCAACCAUUCGUAUGGGCGACAAGAAGCGUGUGGGGUUUACCGUUAACUUUGGGCUUCGACCAUUCCGUUAUGACCUAAACCGACUUUGGGCCUCUCCCGGUUUCGCUGACGUCCCAACGCACUACAGCAUCGCCUUCGCUUCGGAGGUUGCUCUACACUACAUCACCACUCACUCUUCUACGUUGCAAUGCAACUUUAAUCCAUGCAUGACGCCGUUUUGGGUUCAAUGCUGUGACGCUGUUUGUCGGCACCUGGGUAAUGUAAUGUCUUUCGUGACACAGGAUGGUGCCAAGAUACGAGACAGUUCUGGGUCUUACUUUGCUGCUGACGGCCUUCCUCCAUUUGCGGAGUGGUCAGUUCUUCGGCAUAUUGCUACUUUACGUUUCGUUGUGCGGAUCGUGAGGGUCCGUCCCCUUCCGGAAGCACUGGAGGAAAUGCUGUUAAGCACAGUACGCGUUCUGAUGUCACCAUCCUUGCAUUCAGUUCAGCUCGCAACCGUUGGACUGUUGGCGGAGCUUGUUCCCCAUAUCAGCCAUGUCCACGAUACUGGUGUCGUGCAUCAACUUGUAAAUAUGCUCUUCGUGCAUGCAAAUGCUCGAGACCGUAAGCGCAAACAUAUUCCCCUCUCUUUGCGCUGGUUGAAGUGCGAUACUCGAUGUGUCACGAUUGCGCAUGCACAGCUGGCACAGAUGCGCUCGGGCGCGCAGCGGAGCGUUGUGCUGGGAAAUGUUCUGCCGAGGGUCGGCGACACCUCGUUUACCGUACGUAUUUGCCGGAGAGGAUAUCCACUUGGUAGUUCACUGAAAGGGGGGUACUAUGUUGGUGUUGCUGCUGCGCAUCUCCCGUUUCCGAUUUCCACGAGCACCGCACAAGGAUGGAAAUCUUUAAACCCGCCUCUUGUAUGGGCCCUCCACGAUAUGUCACCGCAGCUGCAGCACGCAACGAACCCGCACGUGGCGCCCAAUACUUUUCAGCGGUCCUUUGGGAGUGUGGAGUCGAUUCGUGUGCGUGUCCGGCGGGAGAAACGGGAACUGGAAUUUUACCGCGAGAAUGCUUUCGUCCAGACACUCUUCGUCAAUGUUCCAUCGGAUAUCGAUUUGGUUCCCUUCGUGCAGCUUUACAACGACGAUGCCUCCGCGUUUAUUGGGUCAGGCGAGAUGAUGUCACCUAUAUCCCCCGUCACUCUUCUCAGGGCUGCAGCCACCGAUGUGCUGCGGAGUAUGAUAACGCUGAAGCCCUUUGAGCAAUGCGUUGUUGAUGCCGUAUGCGGUGAGCUCAAUGAUUGCGUCACUCCUUUUGUCACGUUGGCAUUGUUUGGGGGUGUGGCAGAUCCGCGUCUCUUCGAGAUUUGUGGGCACGAUGGUGAGGUGGCGGUUGUGUCGUGCCGCCGGCUUAUGAGCCAUUUUGCCAGCGUUUCUUGUGAAGGUGUCACGUUCUGCGAGCACCUCGGCAAUCUUCGUCCACACAAUAGCCGUUUCAUGCACACCGCGCUGCGUUGGGAGCAGCCUGGUCACUCACUAGGGGGAUUGCGUCAAUGUGUUAACGCCCUGGUUGGUGCUCUCAGGCGCCUUGUUACACCAUUGGUUACGACACAGGCGCUUUCUUUAACCGAAGUGCGGCAGCGGGAGCGCAUCCUUGAGGAGGAGAAAGAGCUAUGGAAUCGGUCGCUUUUCAGUGUCCGCGCGAUGCAUUUCUAUCGUAUUCAACGACUUGUACGAGAUACUACUUUACUAGAGCCGUCACGUAUUCCUUGCGGUCAUACUUUUUCGUCGGCCCUAUCUAAUCCUUGCUUCCGUUUCCCGCCGUACUUCUGCGGUAGUUUGGCGACAGUUUUGAACGACACGAAGGGUUCGUCAGCCCCCUUCAUUGCAAUCGCAGAGCCGUCAGUCCCACUUAAAGGUCAGUUCAGCUUGCGCUUUCAACUUCUCCGAGGAAAGGUAGGACAAAUAUUGGGUGGAGGAUAUUACGUUGGUGUUUGCAACGCUUCCUUUGGUUGGAGACGGCGUGACCUCACAUUGGGAAGCCCGGAGGCGUGGGCGCUGCACGAUAUGGAUGUUGCACCGUGGCGUUUACCUCACCUCUGCACCAAUGCAAAAUUUCGUACUAUAGCGGAGCCUAACUGCAUCAUUGUCAGCGGUGAUAUCGUUCGUCUUGAUGUUAACCGGGACGAAGGGACCAUUCAUGCGUACCGCAAAGGUGUGAAUCAGGAGGAAACUCCUUUGGGAUUGAUCUACGACGAGGUCCCUGCGGGCGAGGAGUUAUUCCCUUUCGUUCAUCUCUACAAUACAGACGCUGUGGCCGUUAUUUUACCUUCACGGAACAAUGAGGAGGUAGCGCGCACAACCACGCAGCUGCCACAUUUUUCGCUGUCUCUGGCAAAAUUCAAGAAAAGAUGUGACUCCUGCCCUGUGAUGAAGCUGACAACUGACAUGAAUCAGUUGAAAUGGUACAAGUGCAAUGAAUGCGUCGACUAUCAACUUUGCAGGUCCUGCUUUAUGCUCUGCGCCCACUCGCACCAUCCUUUUACCGAGAUGGGAUCCAACUUGCUGGUAAGCAACAAUACCCCUCCAAGCAAACUAGAUGUGGGAAUGAGUGUAGCCAUUCCUGCUGUAUGCGCCUUUUACCUUAAAAGUGAGGGAUGCUGUGUCGAUGAAAGACGGAUGCAUUGCGUUGCGGUUUCGUCUGGAAUCAACGCUCUGACAGUAUGGGGGAUUGCGUAUAAGCAUCGGGCGGUUUUCACCGUCACGAUUAAUACAACCGAUGGAGAGCCGCUGGACCCCGUUGUACCUACGUUCAUUGGUAUUGGUGAGGCCUCGGAAGUACUCGGUGUCUCCCCAGUGUCGCUUCGAGGGAAGUUGGUUUCGGGGACACCAGGAAUUGUGGCUCUCUGCAACGACUCGACGCUGAAUCAGGCAGUAAGAUUUUCUGCUCGUUCUGUAGGGGGCUUCCAAAACAGUUCGACAAUCACUGUUGAAGCAGAUUUCCAGUGUGGUGAAGUGGUGAUAGCACGUGAUUGGUCGACGCUUGGGUCUUGCGAUAUUGCCUCACUUGAUGUGAGCUCAUCAAAGCCUAACCUUGUAGGGUUCGUACUCUUCGGACAGAAGGACAUUACAGCCUCCGUCUUGCCAGAAUGUGGUGGAACAAUUCAAGGAGUUGUGGAUGACGUUACUGAUGGCGUUGUGAGUGUGUCGUGUAGCGGUGGGGUAAAGUUGCUUAGGCCAGAGCACUGCCGCGUCCCGCUUGUACCAUGUACAGACUCCCCAAUGGUGGGUGUGCUUGUAUAUACCUUUGAUAACGGAGAGCUUCUUCAGGGCAGGGUUGUGGCUGUUGAUCGUGAUGAAGCGGUUUUGUAUGUUCCGGCAGGGGGUGCAGUUCGGCAUGUCCCUUUUUCACAGCUGUUGGUUGAUCCGUAUGGUGUGGUAUCUGAGGAACGGGAGCUUAACUGCAACCUGGAAAAGUGUGGCCCAACAGUGGCAGAGGGCUUUGCGAUAUCCCGAUUUUUGCUGAUUCUAAAGGGGUUGUGCGACAACAAGGACCUUUCCUCCGUUGUUCUCCCACACCGUACGGCACUUGUGGAUAUUCUGAGACACUUGGCAGCAGUGGAAAUAAGCAACGAUGUUCAGGCGAAAUUCUUUUCUGACCUACAGGAUGCUGUGAUGGCCACAGAAAGUUGCACAUACCUGGCUGAGUUGGGCGAUAAGCGCCUCGAUGGUUUUGUACCUUCAUCUCUGUGUAAUUCAUGGUUUUGCGCAGUGAAGUACAACAUGUUGGUUUGUGCAAUUGGUGGAGUGCACAGAGGGGAAAUCUUUCGCGUCGUUAAACAGAAUACUGCAGAUGUAUUUGAGGGCGUGAAGAUUCACGCACCGCAUUCAAGAGUUUCACUCAGUACGCUGGAUUGCAUUCCAGUGAAACAAUGUGCCGGGAAUGUGUGGUGGACAUCAAGCAGUGGAUUGCCUUGCAGCCUUUUUGAGCAUGGGCUGCGGGUGACGUGUCUCAACAAUCCCAUGAAGAGAAUGACAAUAGAAGGUGUGUGGGAAGGAGAAAUUAGCGCUGCUGGUGGAGUCCGCGGCACAAUUUCUUUGCAGUUGAAGGCAAACUGCAUGGGCGAAGCUUACGUUAACCUUCCUACCGGUACUAUGAAAUACACCGCGUUGGGAAAGUUUAGGCGCAGCAGCCGAUCUUUAUUCCUUCUACUGUUUACUGCUCCUCUUCAAACUGUUUAUUGUGUCACUCGCCUUCUAAUGAGAGGGUGUCACUCCUCAUUUGAGGAAGUUGCGGAAGAAGUCGGGUCCGUCCUUGCAAGUGGAAAGCGUUCCGUUGGAAUUGUAAUUGCGGAGGGUACCGUAGACGCCAGUGGUCUGAGGGUUUCGGGGCAGUGGAAGCCAAGAGAAGGAAGUGCUAGUGCAUUUGUGUUGCGUUCCUUCCGCUGCGACACGGUGCGAAUACCUCCAUUGUCUGACUUGGCUCACGUUGAACCUCUUCCUGGUUUGAGGGACCCCACUGAACCCCCGACAAAUACGCUAGCGGGGGUGGAAAAGUCGUAUAAACGCGGUGUUGGGUCGGCGCUACACCGGCUUGUGGUGCUGCUUUCCCGUCACAUCUAUCUUUCCUUUCUCGGCGCUGGUGGGGACGACGUUCAAGCAGUGGUGCUUUACCACUCCAGUCCUAUGGCGGAGAAACUGUUUGCUACUUGUGCAGAUGGAGCGCUGUUGCAAAGGUUUUUGUGUGGAGCGUUGCGGACCAUUUCAGAACCCUCAACAAAGCCAUGGGAUUGUGUCACUUUAUCGCAUCUCGUCACUAAAUAUGUUUUACUGCGCCCUGAAAUCGUGGUACCUUUCCCAUCGCUUCUUUGGGAUUCGUUUCACGCCAUCGUGUCGGCAACACAUCGCUGCUGCCGAAGGUACCGGCAACACCUUCUGGGAUGCAUUAUCAGCCUUGUUAGGUGCUACGGCGAGGGACACGAUGGCGUUCUUCUUCAGUUGUUAUCCAUGCUGGUGAGGUGGGUUGACCAAUAUGCCUUGGACGGCUCGGAUUACUCGGAGAUUCCGGAGGAUGUUGCCGCGGGAGUGGAGCUUGUGAUGUUUCUCCCGGAGUCACUCCUCGCUAGCACUGUCCGCCAUAUUCCUUUGGCACCACUGCGGUGCCUACUGGAUUUGGCCCAGGCGUUUCGUGAGGGGUGCCAGCUGCCAAAGGCUGUAGACAUUAGCGAUGAGCACGAUGGCAUGCUUCAUGCGGCGGUUGUUGAGGCGGUCUGUUUAUUCGGGGAGUUUGAAGGUGGCUCUCUCGUUGUGGGAAAGGUCGUGAGCCGAUGCGCUGUGGCCUCUCGGGGAAAGUACUAUUAUGAAGUUACAUUGCCAGAGAAACUCUCGGUGCCAUUUGUCGUCGGUUGGGGGGCGAAACAACACAGUCAUAUUCCUGACCAACCCAUUGGAAGUGACGCAUACAGUUUUGGAUUUACGGGGAAUGAACUCUUGUGCCAUGACAGAAAGGAAGAGUACAAACCAGAAAAGGAAGUGUCGCCAAAGUGUACGAUUGGUUGCCUUCUGGACAAUGACAAGGGGGUGGUGGCAUGGUCCGUUGACGGAAUUCGUGGACCGUUUGUACCUAUCCCUGUUGGACGCGGAGAUGGGCCAUUAUAUGCCUUCGUGUCUGCUGGCACGAACGACGGCAUGCGGAUCUCUUUGAAUGUCAAUGAGUUUCAUUACCUACCCGGUGACUACUCGGACUUGGCUGGGCGUUUUGCCUGCGUCAGGGUACGAGGUUGGGGUGAUGCCGCUUCCCAAGGAAAAAGCGUCCUGCCGUACAUGCCCAUUUCGUUCUAUGAACAACUGGCAUCAUAUCUCUCAGAUUUGGAGGAGGCCAAGCCAUCAAGGGUAACUGAGAUUAGUGCGAGCGGUGUCUCUCCGUUCCACUGCGAGCCUGGUGUGCAUGAAAGGGGGCCUCUCCUGCGCUACCCGAUGAUCAUGGCGCUUACUGACACGGAAAGGAUGCUUCACACAAAGGUUAUUCGUGUUGCUGAGAGCUGCAUGGCAACCGCUCGUCGUUUCAUUAACUUGGACGAUGACGUUGUCGUUGGGUGUUUGCCUGAGGCCUUUCUUAUGCUGAAAUGUAUUGUUCGGCGCCCGUUCACGAGGCGGUAUUUAGUGGCCAUUCCACAGGUGGAGAUAAAUGACAUGCCCCAGGGCAUAACAGUGCACGUAACAGAGCUGUACUGCGAUCUCCCACGAACGGCCGAGGCGGUUCUCCACUGCUCCAUACUGUCUCAAAUAUAUAAACAGAUUGGCUCAUUCAAGCCCAGGAUGUUUAGGCAGCACCCACUCUUCAAAGUGCAGCUGCACAUCACUCACAGUGGACACUCACCUCAAGAUCUUGGAGGCCCGUAUAGACAGUUGUGGACUUUCCUUAGUGAGGAGAUCAUGACCCAUCCAGACAUGUGUUAUCCGAACACCUCCUUCAACCGGAGUCCACUUUUCCACUACCCGGAACAUUCUCAAAGGGUCGGGUUAGUACCCAACAGCUCCGCCAACUCAGCACACAGCCUUGCACUUUUCAAUUUACUCGGAAAAAUAAUGGCUCACUGCAUUGUAGCCAAAUCACCAGUUUCCUUGGAUUUUUCACCCUUUCUGUGGAAGUAUAUGGUCGGAGAUGUACUUAUGGUGAGGGAUUAUUAUCUUUACGUCGAUAAUGCGGCGGAGAAGAUCGUGGGGGAUGGAGAUUUUCUCCUCAGCACAGCGGCCGAGGAAAUCAUACCAAACUUUUCCAAGGGCCUUUCCGCUGCUUUUAGCAACGCAACAAUGACCGGAGAAUCCCAAGUGGCUCACUACCGUCGGGUCGCGGAGAGUUGUCUGCUUCACUCACUAGACGCUCAGUUAAGCGCUAUUCGCACAGGCCUUUGGGCAGUUUUACCGAGGCGAGUCGUUCGCUGUGUUUCGUGGAGGGAGCUGGAGCGAAUGGUGUGCGGUGAGCCCGACAUAACGCCUGAAGUGAUGAGGCAGUGGCUCGAAGUACAACUUCCGCCGCGCAGCAAAAGAAUUUUUUGGCGCGUCAUGGACGAUUUUAGUCCUUGUCAGCGCUCCUCUUUCCUUUGUUUUGGCUGCGGUCAAAAGCGGCCUCCCCUCGCUGCUAAAAUCAGAGUUCUACAAGGAACGGAGAGCAUUGAUCAUCUACCACGGGCUCAAUCGUGCACAUCACUUGUGACAAUUCCUCCGUAUGAUACGUACAAGCUAUUUAAAGAAAAGCUCAUGAUAGCAAUUAACCAUGCAAUGGAAAUGGAACUUGCGUGA